AUGAGAAUGAAGACUGAACAACUCGACGACACGGAAACUGAGACCGUAAUACCCCUACAGGAUAUCAAUAAAAUCGAGUGUCAAUUUGAAAAUGACAAAUCUAAACCUGGUAGCCAUGACGACACUCUCGAACAUCCUAGGCCAGCCUUUAUCGGUAAUGUCUCGUCUUUCAUUGACGAACUGAAGAACAACAUGGCUACCAGGCACAGUGCACUCCUCAGUGUCUGUGUAUGUUUGGCCUAUAUGGUUCAGGGCUGGUCAAAAGGACAGCUUGGACCUGCAUUCCUAGAUCUCUUGGUCAUAUCAAACACAGACUUGAAAAGGGGGUCAGGGUUUAUGACGUCAUACUUUGCUGGGCGUCUGGUUGGAGCCAUUUUAGCGGGAGCUAUACAUCCUAAGAUGAACCGAUAUUUAAUAUUUGUGGUCGCCAUGGUCGUGAACGCCAUUGCCGUCGCUGCCAUUCCUUGGUGUAUCCUGUAUGAACUGAUGAUGACUGCGCAUGCUCUCCAUGGUAUAUCUGGAGGAGUACUUGACGUCGCUGUCACCUCGGAAGGAGUAUCUAUUUGGGGAGAUUCCGACAGAGGUCGCUCCUACUUCCAGAUCCUGUGCGCAGCGUUUGCAGUUUCCGGUAUAUUUGCUCCAAUGGCAACGGCGCCAUUUUUACUCCCAACUGACACCACAGGUGUAUCCUGGAACAGCACCAAUACGUCAUUACCUGUCAAUAUGAUCCUUAGCAACAACCAAUCAGAGCAUAGUGACAACGCCACCAUGGCGAUCCAGGAAACAUCGAGACUUUAUAUAGCCUAUUCUAUGUCUGCCGGACUCACAGUUAUAGUAACGUUUCCGUUCCUUAUUUUGUUUCUGAAAUCAGCUGCUCGGUCUUCCAUCAUCACAGUCAAGAAACACGUUAAGAGUAAGUUCAUAGGAAAUCGUCAUCCAAGUUUGAAAUGCUUCCAGUUCCUAAACGCGAUGAUAUUUUCCGCCGUGUUCAGCACUAUCGAUCUAACAUUUGGCGGAUAUUUGACAGUCUUCUGUGUCCGGUAUCUCGACUGGAAAAAGAUACACGGGGCUAUUUUGACUUCUUUGAUAUUAUUUUCACAACUUGUUGGAAGGAUAUUUGGUGCUUUUGCUGUUCGUGCACUAAGUUCUCAUGCACUACUGAUGUUAUCGACGGUUGUGUGUACUCUAGGGUUUGUCGGACUCGCUAUCUGUGCCGCUGUCCGGUUCCACACUGGGAUAUGGAUAUCCGUAUGUGUGAUUGGCGUUCCCCUCGGUGUACUCUGGCCCGGAUUUGUCAGUUGGACUAAUACUAAUCUAAUACCCGUCACCGGGAAAGUAUCUAGCUCGAUGUUCAUUUCGGCGUUUACAGGGGCGAUGAUAAGUCCGUUAUUUCUGGGAUUCAUGAUGGAGACAUCAAUGAUGUGGUUUUGUUAUAUAAAUUUUGGAGAAUCUUGCAUUAUGCUAACCAAUGCACUUAUCAUGGUGUGGUACACGAAAUAUUCAAGUGAAAAGGACUCUAAACCCGGGAUUGCCCUUGUCAACCGUACAUGAUUCAUACUGUAAAGAAUAUAUGUAGUUUCGAAUAGUUUUGUCAAAUAAAUCUGAUC